GACCGUAGCACCUGGAGCACCGCCCACAGCUCUAACCUAGCAACCAAUUCUACCCCCAUGUGCUCUCCAUAGCAACGGGACGCGUCCCCAGCCAGGGCAAGAAGUAACAGUGCUGCAGGGUGUGACAGGCCCAGGUGUUUGAUGGCGGAGGUCGUCGCAGAAAGGCAUUCUCCAGCAUCGGAGGAGGGGACAGGGAAUGUCUUCCCCACAGCAGUGAGCGAGGAGCAACUCCAAGAAGCCCGGGAGAAAUUCCAAAAGAGAAUAUUUGGCUCUAGUCGAGUCUUUUUAGAAGUGGACAGCAAUCCCCACCGACGGUCCACAUUUGAAGACAUUGUGCAAGACAAGCUGACUGAACACUAUGAGCGGGGUCUGCAGUGCCUGUCGCAGGGUGAAUGGGAGAAGGCGGUCAUCUCAUUCUCAAAAGCUAUUAACCUGUGUCCGGAGAAGAUACAGCUGUAUGUGAAGAGAGCAGAAGCGUUUCUCCAGCUCUGUGACUUCCAGUCUGCGGCCCUGAACUUACAGAAGGCCUGCUCCAUCACUCACCCACUGCAGGAGCAUACAGAACUGCUGGCCUUUACCUAUUACCUGCAGGGCCAGAGCCUGUUUGAUCAGAUGUGUCUCCUGGAUGCCUUGGAAUCUUUUACACGCGCUACAGAGAUCCAGCCGCAGAACAGACAGUAUCACAUGCGCAGCAUCUGUUGCCUUGCCGCCUUGGGAAGAUAUACAGACUGCAUCCGUUUGCUCAACAAACAGCUGGAAGAGGAACAAGGCAAUCCUGAGCUAUACAUUGUGCGUGCCAGGCUGUAUGAUAGCAUCAACAAGGCCACACUGACCUAUCACGAUGUACAGAAAGCUCUGGCAAUGGACCCAGAGCACCGGGAAGCCCUCAGGAUAAAAGAGAAACUGAUGACAACAGCGGCGGAGGCGAAGGUAAAGGCUGUGAACUAUGCUGUCCAGGGGCAGCUACAGGAAGCCUUGAGGAAAAUCUCGUUUGCCUUAGAGAACAAUCCAUCAUCAGCCGAGUAUCACAUUUUCAGGGGUACAGUGUACGCCAGGCUGAAGGAUUUCAGUGCAGCAGUGGAUGACUUUGUCCAGGCCAUGCAGCUUUGCAGUGCAGAGAGUGGUGACGGCAGGCAAGGCUUGCAGCUGUAUACCGAGGCAGAGAAGCAGUUACUGCUCACCUACAAUAACUUUGCUGUGCAUUGCUACAUGAAGGGUUUCUACCAGGAGGGGGUGCUGUUACUGAACAAAGCUCUGAAGGGGGAAAGGAACAAGAAGGAGCUUUAUAUCAACCGGGGAGAUUGCCUUUUCCAGCUGGGUGAGCUGGCCUUUGCCCUGGCGGAUUAUCAGCAGGCGCUGGAGCUGGAUGAGGGAGAUUGGGGUAUACGGAUCCGUGUGGCGAAGCUACUGGAUGAGAUGGGAUUGCAGGCUCAGCAGCUGAGGCAGUACCAGCAGGCUGAACGCCACUUCUCAGAAGCCAUCUUGAAACAUCCACUCCUUCCUCAGCUGUAUCUCCACAGAGCCCGGCUGAGACGCAGCCUGCGGAACAACAUGGAUGCGCAAGAAGAUGCGGUCAUAUCCAUUCUACUGAACCCCAGGAGUGAUGAGGCAGUGCCUACAAUGAUGAAUUUCUUCGCUGGGAUUUCACUGGAUGAGAUAAUAAACAGCAAACUGGCCGACAGCGCUCUGUGUGUCCUGGAGAAGAAUCUGAUAAAUAUUCCCGUUGAGUGGAAAGAAAGCAUCCAUUCUAUGCGUGAGCAGGUGGACGGAGCCACUAUUAGGACUGAGAUAGACAUUGCAAUCUGCAUGAGUGACCAAGAACUCACAGAAAUGAGUCAGAGGCAAAGGCAGCUCAAACAAGAGGUCCAGGCAGCCCUAAACAGACGCGGACGCUUAAAGUCGACAGCCCCUCGUAUCAGUGAGCCACCAGUAUCACAACCAAGAAAAAACCCCAAGGACACUCCCCAUCAUUGGAAACAAUUUGGGUUAGGACUGACAAAACCCUGGAUAAGCAGAGAGUAUAUAGGAGGGUCCUAACUGCAGUUACUCACCAGCAACCGUCACGUUAUUCACACUGAAUUGGACCAAAAAAAAAUAAUAAAAAGGAAUAAAACAGUAUUAAGUCUAUUGCAGAUUACCACAUCCAUGUCUUAAUUAAUGAUCUACAUUUGUAAAGGGCUCAGCAGUUCUGUGAACAAUAUUACUGUCCAUGAGGAAGUGUUGCACAAUAAACUUAGCCUGACAAGGAA